AAUAUUUAUAUUUUAAUUAAAAACAAAUACAAUUACCUUAUUACCCUCACCCUCCCAAUCCCUCUUCUUCCCCUUCUUUCUUUCUCUUUCUUUCUUUCCUACCCUAGGUUGGUGGAAAGCUAGGUUUAUCGAAACCCAGCAAACAAAACCCAACCUUCCUCACCCUCCCAAUUCCUCUUUUUCCCCUUCUUUCUUUCUCUUUCUUUCUUUCCUACCCUAGCUAUGCUUGACACUGGAAACUUUGUGCUAGCAAGCCAGGACUCAACCAACUUGUGGGAGAGUUUCAAUCUGCCAACUGACACAAUAGUGCCCACACAAGUAUUGAAACAGGGCAGCACGUUCCCAUUGGAAUCGGUGAUUGAUGACUACUGGUCAACUAAUACUGUAGGCAGUGGCUUCCAGAUUAUCUUCAACCAGUCUGGCUCCAUCUACCUGGAAGCAGAAAAUAGAAACAUACUUAGGAAUAUAGCUGGAGGUUUAGCUCUUUGGUGGAAGGAUGACAUUAAAUUGCAGAUUUUCGGAAAAUCAGAAAAUUUCUUUGAUGGUUGUUGCUCUGAUUCUUCGUCUAUGGAAUGGCAAUUUUCUCCCAUGGGUGGUAUUAGGGGAUCUGAAUACAAUUUUGGGUUAUGCUGACAGGAGAGGAAAGUUUGUGCUGCUACUUUCAUCUCUCCAAUUGCUUGAACAGUUUAUGGAUGUAUGUCAUCUUCAGGAGAUUUGUUUUAAAGUCAAUCCUUAUACCUGGAAUAAUGGAAGAUCAAGUAAUUCUAAUGUGCAACAACGACUUGGUAGAGGUUUGGCUAAUGAAGUGUGGUUCCAAUG